AGUGAGUUAAGUGUUGGCCAGCUGAGCGCUGUCGAUCCAGAGGCCUCCUACCCUUCCAGCCCCUCCCCCUCCCCUCAGCAUCACCAUUCUGUACCUUUCUCUUCACACCUAGAGUCUGCUCAUUCCCCGAGACGCAGGUCAAUUACCAACCACAAUGAUCACUUCGGAGCUUCCUGUCCUCCAGGACUCCUCCAACGAGUCUGGGGCAACAGAUGCCGUGGGUUUGAGUCUGAGCAUGAGUGAGAUGGAGGAUCCAGAGCUCAAAGGAAAGAAGAAAAGAGGGAGGCCUGGAAAACAGGUGCAGGCGUCCAAUAAGAAGCCACGGAAGUCGCCAACUGACAAAGCCAUGGGUGUGGUCAGAGGGCGGGGCAAAGCAAAUGGCGUGGCUCAGUAUAAUGGAAACAGUGGAGACCCCGUCACUCUGUUUGAAGUUGUCAAAGUGGGCAAGAGUGCAAUGCAGUCUGUAGUGGAUGAGUGGAUCGAGUCAUACAAACAAGACAGAGACUUGGCGCUGCUGGAUCUGAUCAAUUUUUUCAUCCAAUGCUCCGGUUGCAAAGGCACAGUGAGGAUAGAGAUGUUCAGGAACAUGCAAAAUGCAGAGAUCAUCCGUAAAAUGACCGAAGAGUUUGAUGAGGACAGUGGAGAUUAUCCUCUCACCAUGCCAGGCCCCAUGUGGAAAAAGUUCCGCUACAACUUUUGCGAGUUCAUUUGUGUGCUGAUCCGCCAGUGUCAGUACAGCAUCAUCUAUGACGAGUACAUGAUGGACACGGUGAUUUCUCUCCUCACUGGCCUUUCAGACUCUCAAGUACGAGCCUUCAGGCACACGUCCACAUUAGCAGCGAUGAAGCUGAUGACGGCACUGGUUAAUGUGGCGUUGAACCUCAGCAUUCACCAGGACAAUACCCAGAGGCAGUACGAGGCUGAGAGGAACAAGAUGGUCGGCAAACGGGCCAAUGAGAAGCUGGAACUGCUGCUACAGAAGAGGAAAGAGCUCCAGGAGAACCAAGAUGAAAUAGAGAACAUGAUGAACUCCAUCUUCAAGGGCAUCUUUGUGCAUCGCUACAGGGAUGCUAUUGCUGAGAUCCGAGCUAUCUGCAUUGAGGAGAUUGGAGUGUGGAUGAAGAUGUACAGCGAUGCCUUUCUUAACGAUAGUUACCUGAAAUAUGUUGGAUGGACACUCCAUGACAGGCAAGGAGAAGUGCGUCUGAAAUGUCUGAAGGCUCUGCAGAACCUCUACACAAAUAGAGAACUGUUCCCCAAGCUAGAGCUCUUCACUAACCGCUUCAAGGAUCGAAUUGUGUCUAUGACGCUGGAUAAGGAGUAUGAUGUGGCUGUAGAAGCCAUCAGGCUGGUAACGCUCAUUCUGCAAGGAAGUGAAGACGCUUUGUCAAAUGAAGACUGUGAGAACGUGUACCACCUGGUUUAUUCUGCUCAUCGGCCCGUGGCUGUUGCUGCUGGAGAGUUCCUUCACAGGAAAUUGUUCAGUCGCCACGACCCCCAGGCCGAGGAGGCCCUGGCUAAGCGCAGAGGAAGGAGCAGUCCCAAUGGAAAUCUCAUUCGAAUGCUGGUGCUUUUUUUCCUGGAGAGCGAGCUUCAUGAGCAUGCAGCUUACCUGGUCGACUCGUUGUGGGAAAGUUCUCAGGAGCUGCUGAAAGACUGGGAGUGUAUGACGGAACUUCUGCUGGAGGAACCCGUUCAAGGAGAAGAGAUGUUAUCAGACAGACAGGAGAGUGCACUGAUCGAGCUGAUGGUGUGCACCAUCCGACAAGCUGCCGAGGCACACCCUCCUGUUGGCAGAGGCACUGGCAAACGAGAUGACCUCGUAGCUCUCAGGAGAGUGGUCAAGUCUUUUCUGGCUGUGUGUCAGCAGUGCCUGUCCAACGUCAACACACCGGUCAAAGAACAGGCAUUCAUGCUUCUCUGCGACCUGCUGAUGAUCUUCAGUCACCAGCUGGUCUCUGGGGGUAGGGAUGGCCUACAGCCCCUCGUCUUCAACCCAGACGGCACUCUGCAGAACGAGCUGCUGAACUUUGUCCUAGACCACGUCUUUAUCGACCAGGAUGAUGAGAACCAGAGCAUGGAGGGAGACGAAGAGGACGAGGCCAACAAGAUUGAGGCUCUCCAUAAGAGGAGAAAUCUGCUUGCAGCUUUCUGCAAACUCAUCAUCUAUGACAUCGUAGAUAUGCCUGCUGCUGCUGACAUCUUCAAACACUACAUGAAGUACUACAAUGAUUACGGUGACAUCAUUAAAGAAACUCUGAGUAAAACCAGACAGACGGAUAAGAUUCUCUGUGCCAAGACGCUCAUACUCAGUCUGCAGCAGCUGUUCAACGAGCUCCUUCAAGAUCAGGGUCCCAACCUGGACCGAACAUCGUCUCACGUGAGUGGCAUCAAGGAGCUGGCCCGCCGCUUCGCCCUCACCUUUGGCCUUGAUCAGAUCAAGACCAGAGAAGCUGUUGCAACGUUGCACAAGGAUGGAAUAGAGUUUGCCUUUAAAUAUCAGAAUCCUCGAGGACCAGAGUUUCCUCCUCUCAACCUGGCCUUCCUGGAAGUCCUGAGUGAAUUCUCCUCCAAACUAAUCCGUCAAGACAAGAAGACAGUCCAUUCUUACCUGGAGAAGUUCAUGUCAGACUCGAUGUCGGAGCGUCGGGAAGAUGUGUGGCUACCGCUCAUCUCCUACAGGAACAGUCUUCUGACAGGCGGAGACGAGGACCACAUGUCCAUCACAUCAGGAUCCAGUAGCAAGACCGGCUCAGUCCGCAGCAAGAAAGGAAGACCACCUCUGCACAAGAAACGCAUCGAAGAAGAAAGCAGUGUGGAGAGCUCGUGGAUGAUGAGAAAUGACACCCUCCAAACACCAGGGGCGCUCCAGACUCCUCAGCUCACCUCAACGGUCCUCAGAGAGAACAGAGCAGCAGAACACAUGCCUGACCCGGACUCAGAGCCAGGAUCAGAGAACGACUAUGUGCACAAUCCUCAGAUGCAGAUGUCGUGGCUCAGCCAGCAGAAGAUGGAGGAGGUAACCAGGAAGGACCGAACAAGCAUGAACUACAUCAAGUCGCGGAGUAAUCAAGGCGUCCGGCAGACAGUGCGCGGGCUGAUGGAGGAUGACGCUGAGCCAAUCUUUGAAGACGUGAUGAUGUCAUCGCGAGGGCAGCUAGAGGACAUGAACGAGGAGUUUGAAGAUACAAUGGUGAUCGAUCUGCCGCCAUCGAGGAACAGACGUGAACGGGCCGAGUUAAGACCGGACUUCUUUGACUCAGCAGCGAUGAUAGAAGAUGAGUCGGGGUUCACCAUGCCCAUGUUCUGAUCUGGAAGGAGUGAGUCCUGCAUCCCAACCAGGAAAAAACUGAAACUGGUGGAGUUUAGAAUGUCCAGUUCAAGUCACCUGUCAAUCAAACUGUAAAGAAGAAGAAAGGCGUUAAAGGGUGUCUGUUGUUUUGUGACACAGUGGAAGGAAGUGAUGUACUGACUCAUCCAGCAUUCUUCACACACACUGGCUUUGUCCCGUUCCUCCUCUUCCUCCGCAGCCUGUCGCUGUAGCUCGUUAUAGUUGUGGAUAUGACGAUGGAGCCAGGAGCGUGCUCACUUUUUACAGUUGGUUGGUUGGUUACCUCUGCUCGCUUGGCAAAAUGGAGCACCAUGACACUCUGUACAGCCCCCCCCCCUCGGUGUUGCACUUCUAGUUAAAUCCAACAUGGCCAUCAGGUCCGUAUGAAAGUGUUCUGUUAGCGACCACUGGUUUAGUUUUUCUGUUCUGUUGUACGUGGUGUGUGAUGUGCUCGUAAAGUGGUGAUGAUGGUACUGGCGCACGUACACGGAUGGACAGUGGUCGGCCGACCUGAAGGAAGCCAUGUAACAAACAUGUAUUUCCAAAUAAAGGCACAUCUUUAACAGAAACUAGAACUCCUCCCACUCACUCCAACCAACAACUUUUUGAAGUAAAAAAGUUUUAAAAAAGAUAAACAUAUUUUCAACUCUGUAGCUUUAGUACUAAAGUUUUAAAUCGAGUGUUUUGUUUCUGUCUGUCUGUACAGUUUGAUUUCAUGAAUAUGUAUAACGUUUGUUGCCAAACUGUGGCCUACAUAAAGUAUAUUUCAUCCUUUGCCCUCACUUGUAAAUCAUCCGACGGUUCAGAUUAGCAGCUUGUCAGCGCUGUAUGAUCAGAUUAUAAUGUUACACAUUGAAGUAUUAGUGCAGAAUAUCUGUUUGUUCAUUUAGCAGGUCACAACGAGUCGCUUUACAUUCUCUGCACCCGUGAACAGUGUUAAAUCCAAGAAGUUCAACAUUUGUUCUUUAUAUCCACUUCUGUGAUGGGUUUUAUUUUUG